AUGGAGCGAGGCAGGAGGCACAGAGUCACAGGCAGCACCUGCAGGUUGAAGGAAGUGAGAAAGAACCAUCAUGUAUCUCAGGACUAUCCUCGUGGCCUUAGCCGUCGUCCUCUCAGGCUCUCGUGCUGACGUCAGCCAUGACCAGGUGCAGGAUGCCUUCUGGGAGUACGUUAGCCAACUGAGCGAAACCGCCAGGGAGAACGUGGGGGAAAUCCAGAGCUCUGAGGUUGGCAAACAUCUCGAUGAGCUGAUUAAGGAAAACCUUGGGCAGAUCACUGUCUACGCUGACGAUCUGCGAGAGAAGAUGACCCCUCUAGCGCAGCAGUUCCGUACCAAAGUGACGGAGGAUGGCGAGAGGUUGCAGGAGCAGAUCAGGCAGCAGGUGGAGCAACUGAGCGCACAAGUGUCUCCCAUUUCUGAGGAGGUCCAACAACAGAUCAGCCAGAAGAUUGAGGUGCUCAAGCUGAGGCUGACUCCCUACACUGAGGAGCUGAGUGCCCAGGUGAGCGAGAAGACUGAGCAACUGCGCCAGAGGCUGACUCCCUACACUGAGGACCUUCAGAGAACACUCCAGCAGAACGCAGACAGCCUCCAGCAAGCUCUGGUCCCCUUCGCCCAAGACCUCCAGCAGAAGAUUAACGAGAACGUGGAUGAGGUGAGACAGAAGUUGACUCCUCUUACUGACGAGUACUUGGCCAAGUUUACUGAGAAUGUCCAAGAGCUGCGCACAAGCCUGGCUCCUUACACCCAAGAGGUCCAGGACAGGAUGAACCAGCAGAUUGAGGAGUUGAGCCAGAAGAUUGUCCCGUUCACACAGCAGCUCCAGGAGCAGCUCAAUGCCAAUGCUGAGCAGCUGAAGGCACAGCUGGCCCCCUUCGCCGCCGAGCUCAAGGCUAAACUCAAUGAGAACUUCGAGGACCUGGUGCCCAGGGCCGAAGCACUGAACAACCAGGUCAACCAGAGGAUCGAGGAGUUCCGUCAGAACAUGGCUCCCUACACUGAGCAGCUGGACACCAUGAUCAGCCAGAACAUCCAGAAGAUGAGAGAGAGCCUCCAGCCACACACAGACAAGGUCCGUCAGACACUGACACCCGUGGAGAUGCAGCUGAGAGCCCACCUCACCGCCCUGUGGGAAACCUUCCGUCAGAAACUCCAGAAGUAAAGCAACAGAAAUCAAAUGUAAACCAUCAGCUAAACAUCACUGUAAUUUAGCCCCACUCAAUAAAUAACAGCAUCUAAUUGGAUUGUUGUCACUGUUUAUAAUCUGUGAUUUAUAAUAAAUAAUAAUAGCAAUAA